CCCCGGCCCGGCGGAGCACGGCGCGCUGGCUGCGGAUGCAGGGCAGCCGCGCUUCUCCCCGCUACGGAUCCAUGGAAUCCACCCGCUGGCCGCCGGCCGGCGCGGGGCCAGAGGACGAGAUCGUGUCCAUGGCCGACUCCACCACCACCAUGGAUGACAUCGAGGGGGAGCUCUUCAGGAUCGAGCGGAUCCGGGAGAUCCUGGUGCGCCGGGAGUCGGAGCUGCGCUACAUGAUGGACGACAUCCAGCUCUGCCAGGAGAUCAGCCGGCUGAAAACAGAGCUCCAGAAACUGCUGGCCCUGCCAGAGAACCAGAAAUCCAACGAGGAGAAGCAGAGGGAAGAGGAGCUGGUGCAGCAGAUCCACAAGCUGGUGGAGACGCGGGAUUUCCUGGUGGAUGACGCGGAGUUUGAGAGGCUCAGGGAAAGGGAAGAGGACAAGGAAAUGGCCGAGUUCCUGCAGAGCAAGCUCUCCAAAAGCUGCCUCCAGAGAGCGACUCCUGUCCCAGAGAAGAAGAUGACAUCGAGGGGACAGCAAACCUCGGCUCCCUACGUGACCAAGACGGGCCUGGCCCUGCUCAGGGGGUGCUGUGGCUUCACCUGCUCCAUCAUGUAGGGCACUGCCAGUGCCUGGCACAGGACACGGCCGCGGUAGGGGCACCUCCUGGGGACCCGGGACGGGCAGGAGGGGCUUCCCUGGAGCUGGCCCUUCAUUGGGGCUGAUCCUGUCCUGGAGCUGAUCCCAGCCUGGGGCUGAUCCUGUCCUGGAGCUGAUCCUGUCCUGGGACUGAUCCCAGCCUGGAGCUGAUCCCAUCCUGGAGCUGAUCCUGCCCCAGAGCUGAUCCUGUCCUGGGACUGAUCCUGUCCUGGGACUGAUCCCAGCCUG